AUGGAACCGUCAACGAAAACCUUUGCUGAACCACCAGACGUCGACAUGAGUGCCAUAUCCGGGGAUGCGGUUGUGAUAUCGGGUAUGGCCGGGCUGUACCCGGAGUCUCAUAGCGUUAAAGAACUCUCACAUAUUCUUUACAACAAGAUAAAUCCAAUAAAUCCUGAAAGUAGUCGCUGGAAAUAUGAUCACCCUGAAGUUUCUCAAUACAUUGGUAAAGUUCCUGAACUCGACUUGUUUGACGCUCAAUUCUUCAAAGUACAUUACCGUCUAGGUAAUAACAUGGAUGCAAUGGGAAGAAAAUUCUUGGAACAGACGUUUCAAGCUAUAUAUGACUCCGGUAUGAGUCCAAAAGAGCUGGAUGGAAAGAAAGUCUGUGUUUACACUGGUACUUGUCUUUCUGAAUCUGAGAAGCGUUGCCUUUAUGCGGACAAGUCUAGCACUGGUUUGGGUAUUGCAGGAUGCAGUAAAACUAUGUUUGCGAACCGUAUCUCGUAUUGGUUGAAUGCCAAAGGUCCAUCUAUGGCUGUAGACGCGGCCUGCAAUAGUUCCACGGGAGCACUCGAACUGGCGUACCAGGCUAUCACACGCGGUGAAUGUGAAGCAGCUAUUGUAGGAGGAGCUAGUUUAUGUUUACAUCCAGAAACUUCCAUUCACUUUGGAAGAAUCUUGAAUUUGAGUACGGACGGUAAAACUAAAUCAUUCCACAACAACCCCACUGGAUGCGUUAAAUCUGAAGCUGUAAAUAUUCUGUUCUUACAAAAAGCAAAAGAUGCUCGUAGAAUUUACGCUGAGGUAGUGCAUGUUAAAUGUGAAUAUACUUCGCUACCGAAAAACGGAAAAAAUCCACGGUAUGGCUUCUAUAGGAACCCUUCAGUUACGGCAAAGUUCAUCAAAGACUUCUAUGAAAAAGUGAAGGUUAAGCCAGAAGCUGUAGAGUAUGUCGAGGCCUUUGGUGCAGCCAAUGCGGAAGCUGAUAAAGCGGAAUUAGAAGCAAUUGAGGAAGUGUACUGUAAUAACCGUAAUGAUCCGCUUCUGAUCGGAAGCGUCACAUCCAAUAUAGGAUAUGGAGAAGCUGCUUCAGGAAUAUCAGCUAUUACUAAGGUUCUUCUUGCAUAUCAUACUGGCAAGAUAGCCGCUAAUCUGCAUUGUGAAGUGCCGCGACAGGACGUGGCAGCUCUGCGCGAGGGACGCAUGCGCGUUGUGACUGACCACCAGGAGUUCGGACGAAACUAUGCCGCCGUUAAUGGAAUGUCUGUAUCUGGUGUCAACUCACAUGUUCUUUUGAAAGGUUACUACAAGCCGAAGGAUCUUACACGCUACAAGUCAAGCAUACCGCAGCUGGUCACAAUAUCGGGAAGACAAGAGUCGUCUGUAAAGAAAAUAUUUGAUGAUAUAAAAACUCGCCUCGUCGAUCCCGAGGAACUGGCGCUGUUCAGAAAUAUACACAAAAUAAACAUUUUUGGUCACAUGGGUAGAGGAUAUAUGAUAAUUGAUACAAACGACAAAAAUGAAAUAAUUAGUGUAUCUGAAAAAGUGGAUUACUUCAACGACGUCAAACGUCCUCUGUGGUUCGUAUACAGCGGUAUGGGAUCGCAAUGGGCGGGCAUGGGCGCGCAGCUCAUGAGAAUACCGAUCUUUGCUGCGUCUAUUGAACGUUGUCGUCGAGUUCUGGAACCUAAAGGAAUUGAUAUAGUCCACAUUAUAACGUCGCCCGAUAAAACUAUAUUUGACAACAUUCUCAACUCGUUCGUUGGAAUCGCCGCAGUUCAGAUUGGUCUUACCGAUAUUCUCAGUGAAAUGGGAAUCUUCCCAGACAACAUUAUUGGUCAUAGUGUUGGUGAAUUGGGGUGUGCAUAUGCAGAUGGUUGCCUCACAGCUGAAGAGAUGAUACUAUCUGCAUAUAGUCGAGGAUUAGUUUCCCUGCAAACUCCUUUCAUAAAAGGAUCGAUGGCAGCUGUGGGUGUUGGAUUCCAACAGAUAUCUAAGCUGUGUCCACCAGAGAUCGAAGUAGCGUGCCACAAUGGCCCCGAUUCGUGUACGAUCUCCGGACCAGCCGACAUCAUGAAAGAGUUCGUCGCCGACUUGACGUCGAAGCACAUUUUCGCAAAGGAAGUGCCGUGCUCCAACAUUGCGUAUCACUCGCGCUAUAUUGCUGAAGCAGGUCCUGGUCUCCUGAAGUAUCUAAAAGACGUGAUUAAAUAUCCAAAGCCCAGAAGUGAACGCUGGUUGUCGACAUCUGUUCCACAAGAACGGUGGGGUGAACCGUUAGCUAAGUAUUCCUCAGCAGAAUACCACACCAACAACUUGCUAAACCCAGUCCUCUUUGAGGAGACGUCAGCUUUGAUUCCACCCAACGCUGUGUUAGUAGAAAUUGCUCCACACGGUCUUCUACAGGCGAUCCUUAAGCGAUCGCUGCCAGAAUCCUGCAAACAUAUUCCACUCACGAGACGUGGACACCCAGACAAUGCAACAUUUUUCCUUGAAGCUGUUGGAAAACUCUAUAUGGAAGGAUAUAAUCCAAAACUUGAAGCAAUUUAUCCUAAAAUCGAAUACCCUGUUUCAACUGGAACACCAAUGCUGUCCCACUUGGUGAAAUGGGCUCAUAAUGAACGAUGGUUUUUACCAUUUCACGUGGCUGCACAUAGAAAAACAGCUGCCGCAUGUAAAUUUGUAUUAUCAACUCAAGACGAUGACAAUGAAUAUUUGAAAGGACACGUCAUUAGAGAAAAGAAUAUGUUUCCGUUUGCGGCGGUAUUAGUGGCGGUGUGGGAUACUUUAGCGAUGUCGUUGGGAGUCGAGAAAAAAAAUAUAUCAGUGGAAUUCAAAGACGUGCAACAAUAUUCCCAACUGGUUCUUUACGACCAACGCCAGGUCUCCCUUAGCGUGGCUCUUCAUAGAGGCUCUGGGAAAUUCGAAGUUUUGAGUAACAAAACAAAAGUCGCAACAGGUUUUGUUAUUGAAAAAGGCGACGAAGAAAUGGUACCCGCCACAACCCAAUCUGAUGAAACCAUGGUUUUAGAUUCAAAUGACAUUUAUCAUCUAUUUCAUUCAAGAGAUUAUAAUUAUUCAGGCGAAUUUCGUUGUAUCUAUAAUGCUAAUCAAUCUUUGGAUGAAGCUAAUAUUCUGUGGAAAGAUAAUUGGAUUACUUUUAUCGACGGCUUGAUUCAACUAAAUACGCUCAGACGAAACAACGAAUCAGUUUCCCAACUGCACACAAUAAAAAAAAUUGUUAUCGAUGUCCAAAAUCACUUAGGACAUAAAAAAAUAUUAAACGAUGGAACAACAGUCAUGAAGGCUACAUUCAGUGAAAAUAACGAUAGCAUCAGUUGCGGCGGUGUUCAAAUGUUUAGUUCAAGAUUCUACGAUCUGCCAUCGAUGAACAAGAAUGUUACACUCAAAAGCGUACAGUUUGUCCCACAUUAUACUAAAGACAAACUUGAUAAAACGUCAGCACUUUACGUCAUUUUACAAGUAGUUGCUGAAAAUUUAAAGAAACAAGAAAUAAGUGUCGCUGAACUCGUUGAUAAUAAAAGUGAUAAAUCUGAACACAAUGAAUUAAAUAAGAUUAUCAAUGAUAUUCCAGGGAUACGUAUACAAUACUCAACUGUGCACAGAUGUCAAGUCUUAAAACAACAUGACUUUUUAAAAGACGUCGAUGUUGUUGUGGUCAACAAUUUAUCAAAUGAUGAAAAUUUGGCUCAAGUUCUGCUUCACAUGCGAACCCGUAACUCCUUCCUAAUUAACACUGAGUAUACUAAAGAAACUGCAAAAAGUCAAUCGUUAAUGUUGUACCGCACGGUAUGCGCUCACACAACAGGAUCAAUGUGCAUCGAACUGGGUUUGUGGCAACCUACUGGAGCACAAGUACAGGGAAUUUGGAGCGGAGAAUAUUAUUUACCUAUACGUGAAAACCCAAUCAAAGGACGCGAUAUGAUGCUUAAAAUUAAACAGCCUGGUGAACUUGAUACUUUGUAUUGGGCAGAAGCUCCGGAAACAAGUACUGACGGAGUAAAAGUGAAGGUUCAUUACGCUGGUAUCAAUGAUGUUGAAGUAAAGAAAAAAUCUGGUUUUGUGGCUUUGGACGAGUACAACGAAAACACUCUCCUCGAUUUCAGCGGCGUUACUGAAAGUGGAGAACGUGUAAUGGGCAUCGUAUAUGACAAAUCAAUCAAAACGACAGUGAGAGCUAAUCCAGACCUAUUGUGGCCAGUUCCUGAUCAUUGGACCCUUGAGGACGCUGCUACUGUACCCCUAGCAUAUUCUUUGGCAUUCUACUGUCUGGCAAGGGGCAGAUUCCGGAGAGGUAUUAGUAUACUUGUUCACGGCGGAGCCGGCGCUCUCGGUCAAGCCAUUAUAUCUAUCGCACUGGCGCACGGUUGUCAAGUCUUCACAACAGUCAGCGACAACAGGAAAAAACAAUUCUUGCUAAGAUUGUUUCCAGAUUUGAAAGAGGAGCACAUAUCAAACUCGCGUGAUAUAACUGGUACCGAUAUGGUCCUAAAUGCCACAAAAGGACAAGGUGUAAAUUUAGUAAUAUGUUCUGUUCGCGGAGAAAUGAAAAAUGCUUCCUUGAGAUGUUGUGAUACGUUGGCGAUUGUAAUUGAUACAGCUGUUUUACCAAAUCGCGAAGAUUACAAUCUUGGCAUGAAGUGGCUUUUACAGGGAAUAUCUUACUACAAUCUAGAUAUGUAUUCGAUUCUGGAACUUCAUAAGCAAGGUGAAUUGAAAGAGUUGCAAGCCAAGGUGAUCGAAGGCAUAGCUCGCGGGUUCGUGCGGCCGCUGUCGCGCGUGACGUACAGCGCGCCGCUCGCGCCGCGCGCCUACCGCCUGCAGGCCGCCAGCCGGCACCGCGGCCGCGUGCUGCUCGACCUGCGGGGAGAGCCCGCCGCCGUGCACCCGCACCGGCACCGCGGCCGCGUGCUGCUCGACCUGCGGGGAGAGCCCGCCGCCGUGCACCCGCACCGGCACCGCGGCCGCGUGCUGCUCGACCUGCGGGGAGAGCCCGCCGCCGUGCACCCGCACCGGCACCGCGGCCGCGUGCUGCUCGACCUGCGGGGAGAGCCCGCCGCCGUGCACCCGCACCGGCACCGCGGCCGCGUGCUGCUCGACCUGCGGGGAGAGCCCGCCGCCGUGCACCCGCACCGGCACCGCGGCCGCGUGCUGCUCGACCUGCGGGGAGAGCCCGCCGCCGUGCACCCGCACCGGCACCGCGGCCGCGUGCUGCUCGACCUGCGGGGAGAGCCCGCCGCCGUGCACCCGCACCGGCACCGCGGCCGCGUGCUGCUCGACCUGCGGGGAGAGCCCGCCGCCGUGCACCCGCACCGGCACCGCGGCCGCGUGCUGCUCGACCUGCGGGGAGAGCCCGCCGCCGUGCACCCGCAAGUCAAUUGCUCUCCUGAACUUCACCAAUUACUAUUCUUGGAGAAUGAUGUACUAGGAAUGCAUCUGGCCAACAGAUUGAUAAAACGUGGAGCCAAAAAACUGAUUAUAGUUAGUUCCAAUCCAUCGAACUAUCUGUCAUUUAACCUGAAGAAUUGGAAAUCGCAGGGAAUAAAUGUCGAAUUGUUGGACAAGAAUGCCUUAAAGACAUCUCUUUUAAAUAUUGUUGAGAAAAAUAAGUCCUUGAAAAGUAUUGAAGGAAUAUAUUAUGUAGUUUCGCCGGAUGUGCAAGCCGCUAGUGCUACGAGGAAUUUGGAACAAUUGCUGUUGACUUCACAGAUAUCGCAAUCAACAUUGAAAAACUUCGCAAUAAUAAAUACUGGAAAUAAUUGUUGGCUAAAUCCGAUUGUAAAAAACCUUCAGGAAAACGUAACUUCAAUCAAGUUACCCAAUUUGAAACAGCCACAGGAUUCAGUGAAUAAAUCUGAAGAAGCUAUUUCAGUACUUAGCGCAGUUAAUGCUAUUGAACAAGCGUUGUGUUCCAAGCAGCGCUUUGUAAUCGUACAUUCGCCGAAACAGGUUCCUCAACUAUCUUUAGUAGAUGAGGUAGCAUUAAUCACAGGAAUACAAAUCACAAAGGAUAGACCACGGGACGCCACGUUGAGAGAUUUAGGCGUCGAUGGCACUAAACUUGAACUCUUACGAGUUCACUUGCGAGAUGUCUGGCUGACAUUGCUCAAUGAAAAGGAAAUUGAUAUGAUGACCAUUUCAAACUUUAUCGACUUAGGGGAAAGCUUAUCAGAAAAGGUCUUUAAAGAAACCAAAGGCUUGGAGACAUUUAUUUCCUACAUCGAUAGUGAUGAGCUUCUAGCUACAACUGAGAUGAUCCUUUUACCGACACUCACAAACAUUUCUAAUGAGUGCGACGACGAGUUCGACGUAAACCAAACGUACCUGUGCGUGGUCCCGGGCGCGGACGGGCACCACGCGCGCUUCCGCACGCUGUGCGAGCGCUCCAAGCUGCCCGCGCUCGUCAUGCAGCCCGGCCUGGAUGACCCGCACGAGACCGUGCGGGACAUAGCUGACCGAUUCGCAAAGACUCUCCAGAAGAAUACAAAAUUAUCGGAUGGAUUUUAUUUAUUGGGUUACGAAAGCGGUGUAAUGAUAGCUUUAGAAAUUGCUGCAAUCUUUGAAGAUCAAGGAUUAACUGGCACUGUUUUUUGUCUCGGAGGUACACCAAAAGAGAUACAGGAGCAUUUCGAAGAAAUACUUAAAGAUUACAAAACUGACGACGAACUCCAGAACGCUGUCAUACGUCACAUGUACACUUUGUUGACUAACAAUGAAGAUACAGAGAAGUUGGACAGUGUUAUGUCUAAUCAACUGUCUUGGAACGAAAAGGUUACCGCUUGUGUUAAUUUGGCAUCUGAUCAAGUGGUUCAUUCAAACCAAUACACCGAGGAGCUCAUCAAAGCAGCUUACGGAAGGAUUUUGCAAGUACGUCGUUAUAAUUACGAGCCUCGGCAACUUCGUUCUCAACUGAUAUGUAUACGUCCUCGAUCGAGCACGACUUGUAAGACGUCAAACCUACAACAAUACUCUUUGAAGCCUGUUAUAGAAUAUGAAUUACAAGCUCCAUUCGCCUUCGCUGCCGAAGAUCUAAGUUGCAGUAACAUUAUCAAUCGCCACCUAGAUCCCGCGAUAUUGGAAGCUUUUGAAAAGAAAAACCUUUGUGAAACAUACAUCAUUAGCUCUAACUAUUUCGUGUCGAACAUUACUCAAUAAUCACCUCUAAUUGUUUUAUGUUGCUUCUGGAAUAAAUUCUUUCUUUUAAUGAA